CGCUGCGCGGCUCUCGAGCUCUCCAUCAGAACGCGAGACGCGAGACGGCGGGGCACGUUCACGCGGUGUUUUGUGCGCGAGUGCAGAAACGUUACGUUACGUUAGUUUUGCUUGCUGUUAUCGGCUGGAUACGGACAAACUUAAACCAUAAACCACGAUAAAUAGGCGAUAAAUAAGCCGACAGAAGCGACACGACUGCUGGAGAUGACCUAAAAGAGCUGGACACAGAUUUAUUUACAGGGACGUUUAUUAUAAACUACGGCAUCUCUCUCUUUCUCUGUGUGAGGAUAUUUAACCGGGGCUGUGGUGAAGAAGAAGAAGAAGAAGAAGAAGAAGAAGAAGGAGUCUGUAGUGCUGGUUUUGUUUUUAAACGGCUGUUUUUGGAUUUUGGAGAAUUUUUAAUUGGAGAAAUUCGUGUUUUCAGUCCCACUUCUCCUCCUUUUCUCUCCUCGUCGUGUCCAAGUUUGGGCUUUUCCGAGUCCCCAGCGCCUCAGAGCGUCUCGUCGGGCGGAUUUCUCCCACUUUUCGCGCGUUUCGAUGGGGAAAAGUGAACAGACUGCGGGGGAAAGGCACCGCGGGGGGACUGGAUUCUUACCGCGGAUGAGCUCCGUGUCCGUGCUGCUGGUGCUCGCCGUCUUCUUCCACAUCGGUGGAGCUCAAGUGGACGAUGACUACUUGGGAUUGGGCGAGCUUCCAGAGACCUUCCCAUCUGACCCGCCGGAGCCCCUCCCUCACUUCCUGAUGGAGCCAGAGGAGGCCUACAUCGUCAAAAACAAACCUGUCAACCUUUACUGCAAAGCCACGCCUGCCACGCAGAUCUACUUCAAGUGUAACAGCGAGUGGGUGCAUCAGAAGGAGCACACGGUGGAGGAGCGCGUGGACGAAACCUCUGGGCUGGUGGUGAGAGAGGCCAGCAUUGAGAUAACUCGGCAGCAGGUGGAGGAACUCUUCGGCCUGGAGGACUUCUGGUGCCAGUGCGUAGCCUGGAGCUCGGCCGGCACCACCAAGAGCCGCAAGGCCCACGUCCGCAUCGCCUAUCUCAGGAAGACGUUCGACCAGGAGCCGCUGGGAAAGGAGGUCUCUCUCGAACAAGAAGUGCUUCUUCAGUGCCGCCCACCUGAAGGGAUACCUGCAGCAGAAGUGGAGUGGCUAAAGAAUGAAGAGGUGAUUGACCCCGCAGAGGACCGUAACUUCUACAUCACCAUCGACCACAACCUGAUCAUCAAGCAAGCUCGUCUGUCCGACACCGCCAACUACACCUGCGUGGCCAAGAACAUCGUAGCCAAGAGGAGAAGCACCACAGCCACCGUCAUCGUCUAUGUGAACGGAGGCUGGUCCACGUGGACCGAGUGGUCGGCAUGCAACAGUCGCUGUGGGAGGGGCUUCCAGAAACGGACCAGGAGCUGCACCAAUCCAGCGCCCCUCAACGGUGGAGCCAUAUGCGAAGGCCAGCCCAUUCAGAAACUGGCUUGCAACCCGUUGUGUCCAGUGGACGGCCUGUGGACGGAGUGGAGCAAGUGGUCUACGUGCGGAACGGAGUGCACCCACUGGAGGAGAAGAGAGUGCAGCGCUCCCGCCCCCAAAAACGGAGGCAAAGACUGCGAGGGCAUGGUGCUCCAGUCCAAGAACUGCACCGACGGCCUGUGCAUGCAGAGUUCCCUAUAUCAGAAGUCCUCUGAACCAAAAGACAAGAGUGAUGAGUUUGGAUAUUCAUCCGCCCCGAGCACGGACGACGUGGCUUUGUACGUGGGCAUCGUCAUCGCCGUAAUCAUGUGCUUGGUCAUUUCCGUCAUCGUGGCUCUCUUCGUUUAUCGCAAGAAUCACCGCGACUUCGACUCCGACAUCAUCGACUCCUCGGCUCUCAACGGCGGCUUCCAGCCGGUCAGCAUCAAGACAGCGCGCACAGCCGAUCUCCUGGCGGCACCUCCUGACCUGACCUCGGCUGCAGCCAUGUAUCGUGGACCGGUCUACGCCCUGCACGACGUGGCCGACAAAAUCCCAAUGACCAACUCGCCAUUACUGGACCCGCUGCCCAACCUGAAAAUCAAGGUGUACAACUCGUCAGGCCUGGUCACGCCGCAGGAGGACCUGUCCGACUUCUCCUCCAAGCUCUCCCCCAAGCUCCCGCACUCGCUGAUCGACAGCGACACCAUGGGCCGACGCACCCAGAGCCUGGUGCGCAGCCGGGACCCGUCCUGCACCGCAUUCGGCUCCUUCAACUCCCUCGGCGGGCACCUCAUCGUCCCCAACUCUGGCGUGAGCUUGUUGGUGCCAGCGGGUGCCAUCCCUCAGGGACGGGUGUAUGAGAUGUACGUGACGGUGCACAGGAAGGAGACCAUGAGGCCUUCGGUGGACGACACCCAGACUGUUCUGAGUCCGGUGGUGAGCUGUGGCCCUCCAGGGGCCCUGCUGACCCGCCCGGUCAUCAUCACCAUGCACCACUGCGCUGAGGCCGACAGCGAGGACUGGCUGAUCCAGCUCAGGAGCCAAUCACAGCAGGGCCAGUGGGAGGACGUGGUGGUGGUGGGAGAGGAGAACUUCACCACUCCCUGCUACAUUCAGAUGGACGAGGAGGCGUGUCACAUUUUGACGGAGACUCUGGGCACGUACUGUCUGGUCGGGCAGUCGGUGAGCGCCGCGACCACUAAGAGACUCAAACUGGCCGUCUUCGGCCCCGUCACCUGCACCGCCCUGGAGUACAACAUCCGAGUGUACUGCCUGGACGACACCCAGGAUGCCCUGAAAGAGGUGCUGCAGAUGGAGAAACAGAUGGGCGGGAAGCUCCUGGACGAACCAAAGACCCUGAACUUCAAGGACAGCACCCACAACCUGCGGCUGUCCCUGCACGACGUCCCCCACACCCUGUGGAAGAGCAAACUACUGGCCAAGUACCAGGAGCUGUCGUUCCAGCACGUGUGGAGCGGUUCUCAGAGGAACCUGCACUGCACCUUUACUCUGGAGCGCUUCAGUGCCGGCACACUGGAGCUGGGCUGUAAGCUGUGCGUGCGCCAGGUGGAGGGCGAGGGUCAGAUUUUCCAGCUCAACACGACCCUGUCUGAGGACUCCCAGUGCAUCGACACCUCCCUGCUGGACCCGGCCAGCAACAUCACCACCCUGGUGGGGCCCAAUGCUUUCCGCAUCCCUCUGUCCAUCCGGCAGAAGCUGUGCAGCAGCCUGGACGCCCCUCAGACUCGGGGAAACGACUGGAGAAUGUUGGCGCAUAAACUUAACCUGGACAGGUAUUUAAACUACUUUGCCACUAAGUCCAGUCCGACCGGUGUGAUUCUGGACCUGUGGGAGGCUCAGCAUUUCCCCGACGGUAACCUGAACCGACUCGCCGCCGUUCUGGAGGAAAUGGGUCGCCAUGAGAACAUCACAGCCAUGCCGUCCGAGCACUGACACCCGUCCACCGGGCGAGAGAGCGGGACGUCGCCGGGAGGCGCGAUUUGGAUGAAUCACGGAUAGAAAAAGCGAGCGGCAGGCUGGAACCCACGCUGCUGCAGAGUGUGGAGUGGUGUAGCGGGCACUGUGGCACAGCGGGCACUAUACCACCCAGCUGUUCAGCCCAUCGGCAGCCCACGACAAAGUGACCAGCGGCUCACGGAGACUAACAAACGGAGACUAAAGGAUUCCUCCUUUCAUUUGAGAAAAAAAUAAAAAUAACAAAGCGAAUUUACCCCGACCGGCCAACCAACACAUGUAGAGGAACAAAAAACAUAUAAAAAAUACAUAAAAAAGGUCAAUUUAAGGACACGUAUUUUAAACCCUUUCUGUACGAUUCCUGGUACAGUAAUUUCUUUCUUUUUUUUUUUUUUUUUAAUUUUCCUUUUUGUUUCUAUUUUUUUUUUUCUUUUUUUUAUAUAUAUAUAUAUUUGUCAAAUGAGUUUCUUAGGAAACGCGUGAUUCUGCUGUCCAGAUAUUGGACCUACUCCACUUAUUUCUCUGACGUGUAGGAUAAUCAGUGAUAAUCAGUGAUCAUCGGUGAUCAACAGUGAUCAUUAAUGAUCAUUAGUGAUCGGUGCGCGCGUACGGCGGGCGGGAGCGCGAGCAUGCGUCCAGCAGGGCCCCAAGUGAAGAGGAAUCAAAUGUCCCAUCACAUCCAGUCAGUCCCACCAGUUUGAGUGCCAUUAUCAACCCGUGUCAUUCCUUACGCUUUCCCUCCCUUUCAAAAAUGGAUAAAAUGUUGUUAAAGAACCUUUUAUGGUGAAAUAUUUAAUAUUGCCUUUAUUUAUACUCAUUCAUUUACUUAUAUAUUAUAUUCUCACACCGCCUCCCAUUAUGUAUCUUUUUCCCUUUUUUUUUUUAGUUCAUUUUUCUACCUUUUUUAACCUUCCAUGUGUCUCCCAUGCAUUUUUCAUUUUUUUAAACCAGUGCCACCUAGUGGACAUAAUCUCCAACUACACAUUUUACAAAAUAUGCAGCCUGUAAAUAUGCAUUCAAGGACAUUACUGUAACUGUAAAGCUUAACAGUGUUAUUGUUAUAUGAUUUCUGUUAUUAUUUUUAAUUUUUUUUGUUCGUAUUAAUUGCGGUAUUCAGUUCGGUUGCAUUGUGAUCUGUAUUUAAUCGCAAAGUUUAGAGACAUUAAAAGAGAAAAAAAAAAAAUAGGAACCAAAUAUUUUUUAGCGAGGAUUGUGCUGUCGGAGUUUUUUUUUUUUUUUUUUGUAAGCGUUUCUCCUCUCGGGCUGUGUGUUCUGUACUUCUGCCUCUCACAGUCUGCUGGUGAACGUGCCGUCGAGUAUUCAUGGACGUACAGUACGUGGCUGACGACAACUUCAGGAAAUCAUGCAUCGCUUCAUCCCAAGGGUUUGGUUCCAUCCCAGGUCCAGAGGAACCGUUCAGCCACGCCGCCCAGCUCCGCUCGUUCUGACUCAGACUGCUGCAGCUUCUGUAGACGUUCUAGACGUUCUGCUACAGCUUCCCCGUGUCGUGGCAGUGGUGACUCUGCAUGGCGUGCGGCACAGCGGCCUGUGCGUUUCUGUGUUCUAUUAAACGAGAGCCAUAUACAGUAUAGAGAGAGAGACAGGAGAGAGCGGAGGAGACUUCAGCAGCUUUUCAGAGUUUGCAGAUGUAGUGAGGAGGAGGAUGCAGGAGGAUGAAGAGGAAGAGGACGGCAGAACAUCCAUCAGUUUUGGAAGCGGAGCAGAGUAACGGAGCGUGUGAGAUCAGCCGAGCUGCCGCUGAAAGCAGAUGGACGCAUGUAUGAUAGUUCUGCCGCAUCCCUCAUCGUCUCACUGUCUUCUGCAGUUAGCAGCACUGUCUCUGUUCCUUUCCGCCACCGUUCAUUUUUUCCUUUCUCUUGUACAAGUUGUCCAAAUUUCUAAAAGCUGUCUAUGCAACUUCUGCAUCCUUUAUAAACAAAACUGUACAUUGAAUUAAAAGAGCGCUAGCAGUUGCAUUCCAUAGUUCCCCACAGCUAUGAAUAUUAUAUUUAUAGUGAGGAUGUUACCUAUUCUUUUAUGGCACGUUCAUGAUGUAAUUUGCGAAAAGCUUGCAUCUCCUCUGUGAAGUUUCUGUACAAAAUGUAAGAAAGAAUUUUUAAACAAGAAAUAAAUUAUAUUUAUAUGCAACACUGAA